AUGUCGGGCGAUAUCUCUGCUGCCAAGGGCGAAAUGCCUCGCCAUCGUUUCCCGAAAUCGGACAAGACUUCCAACAAAACAAAUGAACAGACCGAAUUAGACCCCGGGUUUGAAUUUGGAGGGGCUCUCGGGGCGCUUGCCAUCAUGUUGGUGUUCCCAUUGCUCAUGUAUUACAUGUACAUUGGAGCCACCUUCUAUGAUGGCCGGGCCCCGAUGCCCGUGGAAGGUGAAGGUAUCGGGCCUUUUCUAUCCCACCUGGUCGAUCUCGCCUAUACACACGCUUUCCCGCAUCGGAAAGCAUGGGCUAUGUACUGGGUCUUUCUCAUUCUCGAAGGAAUCGGAUACCUGUACCUUCCAGGGGUAUAUGGGAAAGGAAAACGUCUGCCUCAUCUGAACGGGAAACAACUGGAUUACUACUGCUCCGCCGUGUCCUCCUGGUACAUGACGAUUGCAGCCGCAUUGACUCUUCACUUCACGGGUCUCUUCCGACUGGAUACGUUGAUCACGGAGUUUGGACCGCUCAUGUCAGUGGCUAUCUGUUCCGGAUAUCUGGUGUCAGUGGUUGCAUAUGUGUCAGCUCUCGCCCGCGGUGCAAGCCACCGCAUGACGGGAUCACAUAUCUAUGAUUUCUUCGUGGGUGCCGAGUUGAACCCUCGUCUGUUUCGGUGGCUGGACAUGAAGAUGUUCUUCGAAGUCCGCAUCCCCUGGUAUAUAUUGUUCCUGCUGUCCUUGGCAACGGCCCUCAAACAGUGGGAGGACUUUGGCUAUGUGUCCGGGGAAGUGGCGUUUAUCUUGAUGGCACACUUCCUCUACGGCAAUGCCUGCGCCAAGGGGGAGGAGCUAAUCAUCACCAGCUGGGAUAUGUUCCAUGAGAAAUGGGGCUUCAUGCUCAUUUUCUGGAACCUAGCGGGCGUUCCAAUGAGCUACUGUCACUGCACGCUGUAUCUGGCCUCCCAUCAUCCGUCCACAUACCGAUGGUCCCCGAUGGCUCUGUUGGCUCUUGUAGUCAUGUAUCUUUUCAUGUACUGGGUCUGGGAUACGUGCAACAGCCAGAAGAACUUCUUCCGGGCGCAGGAGCGAGGCGUUGUGGUCGAUCGCAAGACAUUCCCUCAACUUCCAUGGAAAUUUGUCAAGCAUCCCCAGACAAUUCGGACAGAGACCGGAGAUUCGAUCCUUUGCAGCGGCUGGUAUGGAAUGGCCCGCAAGGUCCAUUAUACAUGUGACUGGUUCUUUGCCAUGUCAUGGGGCUUAAUCACUGGGUUUAAUUCGCCAUUCCCUUGGUUCUAUGCCGUGUUUUUCUCGGUGAUGAUCAUCCACCGCGCUCGCCGGGAUAUCCAGCGUUGUCGGGAAAGGUACGGAGAGGCCUGGCUGGAGUACGAGCGGCGAGUUCCGUACCUAUUUAUUCCGUAUGUCAUUUAA